CGGAGGGAGGGACACUCGUAGCUCUCUUCGCUUCAUGCAUCUCUUCGCUUCCGUCGCAGACAAUUCUUCGUUUUCUUUUCGUUCUUCCUCUUUCUCGAUUCUCGAACGAUUCCGUUCUCACUUUCCGCCUCGCAAGUUGAGAUUUUUAAUCCGCGAUCCUUUUGAUUCCCGCAAAGGUUUGUUUAUCCUCUUCUUUUUGGGGAGAUGAUUUGAUGUUCGUGGGAUUGGAAUCUCGGGUGGCGAUGGACGCGCGGAGAUGUUGAAGAAUUCGAUGGAGGACAAGCAGAUCGACCUCGAAGCGCCGCUGCUCUCGGUGCGGAGAUUCUCGGCGGGGCCUGCGGCUUCUCCGACGGAGGAGGGCGAGCGGCGUCCUCCGCCGCCGAGGAGGGCGUCUCUGCCGUUCUAUAAGUCGGAUUUGAAGUCGGGCCCGGUGCGCGUCCCCGGCGUCGUUCCCUUCGUAUGGGAGCAGACGCCGGGGUUGCCCAAGACCGCGGCGGGAUCCGAUGCGAUUGGCGAUGGGAAGAUGAUGAAGGCCCCCAAGCCUCCGCCUGGAAGGAUCAUCCACAACGGAAAGUGCGGAAACUCGUCGCGGGGUGAUGUGGCUCUGGUUUUGAAGGUCGGCAGUAGUGUACGAACUCGUAAAGCUGUGACCUUCGCGCCCGAUGCUGGAACUGCCAAAUCCUACGAGUCUCUUGAGGUUGUUCCUAAGAUCGUUGCGGAAGAGAAGGUAGAGAGGACCGAGAAAGAAGAGAAAGCAGAAACGGCGAAUAGGAUUGAGAUGCCAAGGAAGGCAGAGAUUACGAAGAAGGUGGAGAAUGAAGAGAAGAUUGAGAAAACUGAUCAGAAGGUAGAGAAGAAGCUGGAAAAGCUGCCCGUCUCAGUCGCGGAGACUCGUAAUGAAGACGACGACGACGAAGACGACGCCUUCUCCGAUGCGCUUGAUACACUAUCGCGAUCGGAGUCAUUCUUCAUGAAUUGCAGUGUAAGUGGCAUCAGCGGAAGCACAAAUGCGGCCAAGCUCUCGGACAGCUUCCCGAAGGAUCCUGAAGCCAGGGAUUUCAUGAUAGAGAGGUUUUUGCCCGCUGCACAGGCAAUGGCUACCGACUCUCCACACUAUACCUUAAAGAAAGCAGCUGUACCUCCACGAGAGGCUACGAAACUUCUUGAGAGGGCCGCAGUUACUGAUCCUGCAAGGAAGCCAGCUCCUAUUCCCCUCCAGAAAAGUUAUACUUACCUUGAACAGUAUGCUAAGGAAUUGGAGGAAGAGGAUAGCUACGAUGAAGAUGAUGAAGAUAACUAUGAUGAUGCUGGCCAUUUUCCAUCUAAAGGUUGCGGAUUGCUUCCUAAAUUCUGUCUUCUAAAUCCAAUCCCAGGGGUGAAAGUUCGAGGAGGACGCUUGUCUCUGCCAAGGGGAAAAACUGCAAGUCCUCAGAACAAGAAUGCAUAUCCAUUAUCUCUUGCUCGCGUUGAAGAGCUCUCAUGGGAAGCUGUUUAUAGAAAAAAAUUAGGUCAGGAAUAUUCCCCCCUGACCGAAGCGAUAAGUAAAUCGAGGAGUGAAUCUGAUUCCCUUACAGCUGAUUGUUCAUCUGCAUUUGCUAAUUCAGCCACUGGAGGUACAACCCCUGAUAAAAAUGAUGGACAUCCAUUAGGUGUUCAUGAAAGGCAGGAUUCUGUUGGAAUUCUAAGCAGAGAAAGCAAUUGUAGCAAGAUUGACAGUUUUGAGGCCGGCGAGCAAAGCAUCGACAGCUGCAGGAAAAUAAAUCAUAGCAGCGGAAUGGGCUCCGAAUCCAUGAGCCCUUCGCUGGACAAAACUCUUCGUGUAGAUCCAGAGCAUAGGCCAGGAUCUUCAGAGUCAAAGGCUAGUUCCUUCAAUACUGUCAAUGAUACUAGAAGUAUGAUUAGUUCUUGUGAGAUUAGUAUAGAUAGUUGGAGUAGAGAAAGUAUAUUUGCUGGAGCUAAUGAAAAAAAAGUAUUGCAACCAGAAGUCUCUAAAGUUUCUGAGCCCAUUUCACCCUUCUCUUCAGAAAAAUUGAACAAUGGGAAUAUGAAUGUUGACAGUAACAAAAAUUGUGGAAAUGAUAGUGAGCCACUGCAUUUGAAGAGCAACACUAAUCCUUUGUUGUCACUUCUGCCUCCACCAUUGCCAAAAUCACCAUCAGAGUCUUGGCUUUCUCGGACUUUGCCUUCUGUCUCUUCAAAAAAUUCCUCUCCACAGUCGUUAUUAGGCAUCCGACUUCAGAAUAGGAGACAAGCUGUGGAAAAAUCCUCUAAUGACAUGGAACAAGAAAUAAAAACGAAGCCUUCAAAGCCGCAACGUCGUCAGAUUCAAUUUGCUGAGGUGCUGGCAAAACCUGAAUCACAAAUAUCAGAAAUUUGAUGUGUAAACUUUCUUUUCUUCUGCCAUCGCACUAUAUCUUGCGACUACAGAGGAUAGAGAAGGCAAUACAAUGUGCUUUGGCCUCAUGGUGAUUCUGCUGGCAAUCUCAAAUCAUUUUCCUCAUUAGUUUCUAUAUUAUGUUGUAUGUAACUUGAGUUAUCACUUGAUGAAAAUAUUUGAUUCUUGUAAAUUAUAAAUUGUUCGACAGGAUGACUAGACACAUUGUCUCAACCACAUGUCAAUCAAAUAAAUUUGCAGUAAUCUGCAUGCUGUAUUAGUUCAUUUGUGAUUCCGAUUCCCAACAAGUGUAUACAUUCAACUCAAAAAUGUAAUAUGAUACUUUGCCAUUAGUUCUUUAUGCAUCUAUAAAUUAUUUCA